CGGAGAAUGCGCGGGGAAUUCCCGGACGACAUUCUCUCUGUACAAUCAAUCGGUCUACGUAUUUCAGUGUAGGGAGUGGAACUGUCAGUCAUUCAGCUGGAGGUUCUUGGUCAGACAGUACCCAUGAUAAGGGUGAGCACACACAGAAUGGAUGCACUCAUGCCCUCGAUGCUGGGACACCGCCAAAGCAUGAUGGCAGAGCCAAGCGUUAAUAUAUUCGAGCAGCCCAAGCAAAGAGGCAUGCGCUUCAGGUACAGAUGUGAGGGUCGCUCAGCUGGCAGCAUCCCUGGGGAGAGAAGCUCAGAGAACAACAGGUCCUACCCCACCAUCCAGAUUAUGGACUACUGUGGAAAAGGUAAAGUGCGCGUUACCCUGGUAACCAAGAACGAGCCCCAUAAGCCCCACCCCCAUGACCUGGUGGGCAAGGACUGCAAGGAUGGAUUUUAUGAAGCAGAGUUCGGACUAGAACGCAGGGUCAUCGCUUUCCAGAACCUGGGCAUUCAGUGUGUUAGGAGGAGAGAGGUAAAGGACGCCAUCUUGCAGAGGAUGGCCCGAGGGAUCAACCCCUUCAAUGUGUCUCGGGAAGAGUUGCUACAGACGGAGGAGUACGACCUGAACGUCGUGCGUCUUUGUAUCCAGGUGUUCCUGCAGGAUGACAGCGGAAACUACACUCGCGCCCUCAACCCCAUCGUCACUAACCCCAUCUACGACAACAGGGCUCCAAACACGGCUGAGCUACGCAUCUGUCGGGUCAACAGAAACAGUGGCGGUGUGAAGGGAGGAGAUGAGAUCUUCCUGCUGUGCGACAAAGUCCAGAAAGAUGACAUCGAGGUGCGUUUCUUCUGCCCUGGCUGGGAGGCCAAGGGCUCUUUCUCCCAGGCAGAUGUUCACCGCCAGGUGGCCAUUGUCUUCAAGACCCCGGCCUACUAUGACACGUCCAUCACCGGCCCGGUUACGGUGCGCAUGCAGUUGCGCCGUCCCACUGACCAGGAAGUCAGUGAGCCCAUGGAGUUCCGAUAUCUCCCCGACGACAAGGAUCCCUAUGGCUGCCAGGAGAAGAAGAGGAGAAGAGAGGUCCUGAUGAAAACCUUACCUGGGUUUCUACCCCAAGGAAUGAAUCCAAUGAACCGACCCAAGGCAGUUCCUCACAGUCCCAUGGCCAUGAGGUCAAAAGACACCACAAACUUGUUCAUGAAACACCCGCCCAAUAACAUGCGCCAAAGCCCCUCUUCGGUGUACAACCAUGUCUAUCACCAACAGCAACAAAGCCCUAAACGCACAAUGAUGACGUCAUCCAACCAGGUGUCCCUCAACCAGGUGUGGCAGCACACCAACCCACCCAUAUCCCUGGACAACAUCCGGAUUAACCCCUCGACAGGUGCCGGCACCAACCCGGCAAACGGGCCGCAGAACCAGCAACAGCAGGUGAACGUCUCCGGGCUGGGGUACCUCGGAGUGGAAAGCAGUGGGGGCGGCGGCGGCGGCGGCGGGGGUAACAGCCUGCCCCAGCUCAGCAUCGUCGACCUGCAGUGUCUGGGGCCGGAGUCCGACCUCCAGGGUCUGUCGACGGGCCCGGCCCAGCCAGAGGGAGACCUCCAGCCACACCGCCUCCAGCAGCAGCACGGCCACCCCCCCCAGAGGAAGGAAUCGCUCUGCUCCAAGGGCGUGGGGAUCCAGGGGGGCCCGAGCCAGGGCCUCCAGGCUGGGUGGCCCAACUACGGCCCCCUCCCCACGGCCCAGAGCACUCUGAACGGGUCUGGAGGUGGUGGCGGGGCGGGUACACUGGGGCUUGGCUUUACCCUGGACAGCAUGGAGAGCGAGGAGAUCCUCCAAAGCUUUGUGGGUGAGGGGGUUUCUCAGAACACCUUCCAGCUGAAACAGGAACCCUUCACUGGGAGACAGGAGGGCCAGAUGACCCCCUCUUGUUCCUUCUCCAACUCCGAUGGCCAGCAGCAGUCUUACGCCAACCUCCUACCCCGGUCCAUGGGUAACAGCAACAGCAUCACCAUGGAGACGAUGAGACAUGAAAGCACGAAUAGCAACGGCAACAAUAUGCAGGCCCUCAGGAACUUGCAGAAUCCCUUCAAUGCAGCCAAUGGAAUGGGGCAAGACGGCCUCCAUUUUGAUAACCUGGCUGCUUGGGCUUAUUACUCCCCCCAGCAGUGACUCAGUGACAGAGGGAGGAAAAACCUAGACCAGGCUUAGUCAUUCUUCUAAAGUGAAUCAGAAACUUGUGGAAAAGAUAAAGAUAUUUUCUAUAAAUUCUUGGAAUUGUUUUUUGUUAUUAUUUUCUUGUGAAUAGUUUUUCGGGUUCAAGGAGCAAAGGGGUAAAAUAAAGGAGUAGUGUUGUGUUGUUGUUUUUUUUUACGUAAAGAAUACUCAAAGUGGGCGGACUACUUUACUUAUCCCAUUACAUUUUAGCUGUAGGGGGUUAUACUUCUCGUGACAUUCAAGUGUUCCGCACUCUGACAGUGGCGUAUGUUAGGUUGAUAAUAAGACUGUCUUGAACUGUUACGUCAACUGUUAUGAUCGCUGUUAUGUAAGGUGUUAUGACAGGAUUACAGAGGUGUUCCCACAAGUCCACUUUGGGUAAACUGUUCAAGGUACUGUACAUAGACAAUAAAGCCAUAGUUGAGAGUUUUGCACGUUACGUCCGUGCUUAUGCUUGAACUCUCGAGUGGCAGUGUACUCAGAUUCCCACAGAGGAAGUUUCUGGGAGUGUCCAGUCAGUCUGCCUGUUGGAAUACUUCAGAGAUACACCCUGGUUUCCUUCUUCUCCAGGUGAAGUGAGGGCCUCCCCAUGAAAAGCAUCUCAGUGUCGUAGCAUUCAUCCCGGAUCAGUUUCGACCUUAUUUAAUCAGAAUGCUUAUUUAGUAUGGACAAAACCCGCUGAACGCAAACUUAGCGUCCUGGCACACUCGUCCAUCCAACCAAUUCAGAUUUCAUUCCCUAGGUAGGACGGGGGACAAUGCAUCUCUGAAGUGUUUGCACAGGCCCAGUGACAGGUAGCACUGUGAUAUUCCCUGGUAGUGGCUAUGUCAUAUUGUAAUCACGUGCUAUCCAUCCCAGAGUUCUCAGAUCGUUGUAAAGCGGAUAAGACCGUGAGUCAUCUGAAGGGGCAACCAGUUGCCCUGCACAGUGUCUAGGAGAUCGGGCGCCCUUUUAAUGCUGUGCGUAUAGUAAAUGUUGAUGGUUUUUUUUUAUCUUAAGUGAACAACGAUUUUCAUUCUAAUGAACAAUAUGUUUACGCUUGUGAUUCUUUGUUAUUUUCAUAUAUUUUUUAAAGCAAUAAUUUCUUAAUAAAAAGGCUAUUUUAUUCCA